UGCUGGACCAGCUCCUGCCAGAGCUCAGCAUCUUGCUCAAGCUGCUGGACCACGAGUACCUGAGUGCCACCACGCAGGAGAAGAAGCUGGCCGUCUCCACCAUCCUGCAGAAGCUGCAGCCGCNCCCAGGGAAGGACGUGGACUACAUGUACGUCAACACGGCAUCCCUGAGCAAUGGCACCAGCUUCGUGGAGUCUCUCUUCGAGGAGUUCGACUGUGACCUGCGGGAUCUCCAGGACAUGCAGGAGGAGGAGGGGGACACUGGCGAUGGUGUUGGCUUGGAGCCGGCGAGGAGCCAGUCUGCAAAAGCCGUUCCUGUGGACCCUGCUCCACCGCUGCCCACCACACCCCCGCCUGAGGAUUACUAUGAGGAAGCCCUGCCCCUGGGCCCUGGCAAGGCCCCCGAGUACAUCACCUCCCGCAACAGCUCCAGCCCCCCCAACUCCAUCGAGGAUGGCUAUUAUGAGGAUGCAGACAGCAACUACCCCGUCACCAGGAUGAACGGGGAGCCAAAAAACUCCUACAAUGACUCGGAUGCGAUGAGCAGCUCUUACGAGUCGUACGACGAGGAGGAGGAGGAGGGGAAGGGCCAGCAGCUGACACACCAGUGGCCAUCGGAGGAAGCCUCCAUGAACCUGGUGAAAGAUUGCAGGAUUUGCGCUUUCCUGUUGCGCAAGAAGCGCUUUGGACAGUGGGCCAAGCAGCUCACCAUCAUACGGGACAGCAAACUGCUGUGCUACAAAAGCUCCAAGGACCGGCAACCACACGUGGAGGUGCCCCUGGGGUCCUGCAAUGUCAUCUACGUCCCCAAGGACGGGCGGCGCAAGAAGCAUGAGCUGCGGUUCUCACUGCCGGGAGCCGAGGCACUGGUGCUGGCCGUGCAGAGCAAGGAGCAGGCUGAGGAGUGGCUGAAGGUGAUAAAGGAAGCCAGCAGUCCGGCAGCAGGUGGGAUGGAAGCCCCCACCUCCCCGGUGAUG